CUUUGAACCCGGAAGAAAAUAAAACAAAGGACAAUUACUGUCACCAUUUUUACAGCAUACGUCUGUCAGUGUCAUCUGCGGACGUCGUUGAUCGUCGCAAAGCAGUAUCAUGGGACAGAAAAGCACCCAGGAGGACUUUGAGAGUCAGUUCAAUGAUGUCAUUUCAAGACUGCAGUCCAAGGAGUUCUUCCAGUCUGAAUGGGACAUUGGCUUCGCCGUUGUCUUCUUAGUCUUCACUGGAUUGGUUGUACUUAUGGUCCUCCUGGUCCUCAUUCGCUGCUGUUGCUGCUGCUGCUCCUGUGAUGAGAAGCCUAAACGUCAUAAAGUUGGCAUAGAGAACAUGUCUUUGGAACCAUGACAGCUGAACAUCAACCUGGAGAGUUUUCAUCAACAAAAUCACAUUUCAAAAUGUGUUUUUACUGUGUUUUCAUACCCAAUUAAUUGUUGACUUGCUCUGAUUGUUGUGAUUUUCUAACACCAAUCGUUGUACCUGAUGUGGUUUCAUCUCACAAAAUGUACAGUUACCGGUAGCUUUGAUUGCACUUUAUUUGAAUUGCUUUUAGUAUUGAAUAU